CAUUCAUCUGUUGUUUUAAAGUCUCGUGGAACUAGAUCUGUUAGUACCGCUGUAGUCAAGAUGGAGUGUUCAUAUCUUGUUGUUGUUGUAUUGCUGGUUCAGUUUAUGUCGGCGUUGGUUGAGACAACGUUUUCCUGCAUAUACUGCCUUGCUGUCGAGGACCCAAGCCUGUGCCACACACGGACCAAGUGCUCGACCUAUCAGCUGUGUUAUGCUGAGGUGAAAGUAACAGAGAGAAAUAACAGUUUAUAUUUUCUGGAUUGUCAAGACGCCGUGCACUGUGACAAACUGGCUGGGUCUGUGAUCAUAGGCAAGAGAGAAGAUACCGGAGCCGUUACUGACGUCACGACCUGCAAGAAAUGUUGCAAAACUGACGAGUGUAACAGGGAGAUUUGUGGCACAAAACCUGAUGCCGUGAAUCCGGACAACGUCACCAAGAACAACACGUACGUCAGGCUAGCUGUGUUGGGACAGGUCGAGGUCUUUGUUAACGGCGUCUGGUCGACUCUUUGCGUCAACGGCUGGGAUGAUGACGCUGCCCAAGUUGCUUGUCACAUGAUGGGCUACAGUAGAGAAGGUUCCAAGGCCGUGAACAAGAGCACUGCGGGGACGGGGCUGGGCGUGGCCAACCUGGACGGGCUGACCUGUCAGGGUGACGAAGACCAUCUGCUGGACUGUGCACUGUCUGCUGGCGACUGGAGCCUGCACGCUUGCCCCACCCUGGAGAGUGCAGGUGUUGUGUGCAAUUACACCGGCAUCUUGGAUAACUUUUUGUUGUUGGCAGACAGGACGUUUAGAGGCGGUAUAGUGCGCAUGGACCUGGACACGUUUAGCUACGCGUUGCUGUACGCGCCACGCUUGACUUCUUCCAUCAGACCUGUGGCCUUGACCUUCGAGCCCAUGUACCAACGGGUCUACAGCCUUCUCUACGUCAACUCGUCUGACGGCCUAAACUCGGAGAUCUGGUGCCAAGACGUCCAGACUACUGGGCCCGCCUACCCGCUCAUGUGGAUUCAAGCUCUUGUGAAUGGUAUCGCCGUUGACUCCUCGAGGAACCUCCUGUUUAUGACUGACGCCACCAACAGAAACAUCACCAGAGCCUACACGACUGGCACCGACCCUGAACCUGUCGUCUCGCUGGAUGACGAGCCUCACGCUGUGACCUUAGACCAGACCAACCAGACAGUCUACUGGUCGACCGUUGGAGCUGGUGCCAGCAUAGAGAGCGCUGAUUAUGAAGGCAACAACAGGCAGGUUCUUGCUUCGACCAUGCUGCUUCAACCCGUGGCCUUGGCCUUUGAUCAGAAAACUAGACAACUUUACUUCUGUGAUGCUGGCACCCAUAGAAUCGAGGUGAUGGACAGUGACGGCAAGAAUCGGAAGUUGCUGUUUGCUGACGACAGCGUCCAGUUUCUUGGCUUUACUCUGACGUCAUCACAUAUUUUUUUCAGCGAUCAACACAGCGGGGGCGUCCAUCGUCUGGAGCGUGACGGGUCCAACUUGAGUCAGGUGGGGCCAAAGACGUUAGAGGUGGACGGGAUAGUGGCCUACCAGUCAUCGUCUGCUUCAAGUGUUUGAUACAGUCAUCGUCUGCUUCAAGUGUUUGAUACAGACAUCGCCUGCUUCAAAUGUUUGAUACAGUCAUCGUCUGCUUCAAGUAUUUGAUACAGUCAUCGUCUGCUUCAAGUGUUUGAUACAUUUAUUGGCUGCUUCAAGUGUUUGAUACAGUUGUCGUCUGCUUCAAGUGUUUGAUACAGUUGUCGUCUGUUUAACAGUCCUUGUAACAUAGACGCUGAUUUUUUAAAAAGCAAAAUUGUAAAAAUUAU